AUGUCUUGGUCUGCUGAUCCUCAGGCAUUAGAUCAAUUACGACAAAUUUUUAAAGCAACCUUAUCAAGUAAUAACCAAGAACGAAAUCUUGCCAAUGAUGCAUUACGUCAAGCUAAGCAACAACCUGAGAUUGAGAACUAUUUAUUAAGUCUUUUAGUGCUUGAUGAUAACUCUACUCGUUCAGAUGUUAGAGCUGCUGCUGGUGUCAAUCUUAAAAAUAGCAUAUUACGUCAACUGCAAGGAAAUGCUCUUCCUGAUAGACAAUUUAUAAAGGAGAAUGUCAUUAAAGGAUUAAUUUCCCCUGAUCAAAUGGUUAGAAAUAUCACUGGUAAUGUUAUAACCUCAUUAUUUUCAAUUUAUGGUUUACAAGGUUGGCCCCAAGCCUUACCUCAAUUAAUUGAAUUAGCAAAAGGAGAAUCAUCACCUCGAUUCAUUCCUGAAAUUGCAUCCAUGAGUGCUUUAAGUAAGAUCUGUGAAGAUAGUUAUUUAUCAUUAGAUAUUGAAUUUAAUGGUGAAAGACCGCUUAAUUAUAUGAUUCAAAAUUUCUUAACUUUAAUGAUUCAUCCUCAUAGUGGACAAAUUAGAGCAUUAGCUAUUCAAUGUAUUACACAAUUCAUUUCCUUGAAAUCACAAUCAUUUUUAAUUCAUUUAGAUGUAUUUUUAUCCAAUUUAUUUCAAUUAGCAUCUGAUUCCAAUGAAAAAGUUCGUAAGAAUAUAUGUGCUGCAUUUUCUCAUGUUUUAGAAACAAGACCAGAUAAAUUGAUGCCUCAUUUAGAUGGUAUUAUAGAUUAUUGUUUACAUUUGAUGAAAGAUAAAGAUGAAGAUGUGGCAUUAGAAGCUUGUGAGUUUUUAUUAGUCUUAUCAGCUUCAUCUGAAAUUGAAAAUAAUAGAUCUGGUUUUGCUCCAAAAUUAAAAUUAAUAGUACCUGUUGUAUUGGAAAAAAUGGUUUAUUCAGAAGAAGAAAUCUUUUAUAUUAAACUUCAAGAUGAAAAAGAUAAUGCUGAAAUAGCUGAUAAAGAUGAAGAUAUCAAACCACAAAAUGCCAAAUCUAAAGAAAUUCAAUCAUCAAAUGGUACCAAAAAGAAACAACAAGCUCAUGAUUCAGAUGAUUCAGAUGAUGAUGACGAUGACGACGAGGAUGAUGACGACGAGUUAAUGCAAUGGAGUUUAAGAAAAUGUUCAGCAUCAACUCUUGAAGUGUUGUCAAGUAAUUUACCUGCUGAAGUUUUGGACAUCAGUUUACCUAUUUUACAAGAAAAUAUAGUUUCUAAUGAAUGGCAAAUAAGAGAAGCUGCCAUUCUUGCAUUUGGAGCCAUGAGUCUGAGUUGUAUGGAAUUAUCAAGAGACAAACUUCCAUCAUUAGUUCCUUUCUUAGUUGACAGAUUACAAGAUGAUGAAGCUAGAGUAAGGCAAAUUACUUGUUGGACUUUAUCUACUUACUCAACCUGGAUUGCGGAUGAAGCUCAUGCUGGAGGUGAUUACGCCAAUUAUUAUCAACCUACUUUCCAAUCAAUCGUGACUUGUUCAUUAGAUAGAAAGAAAGUAGUCCAAGAAGCUGCUUGUUCAGCCUUAUCAUCAUUUAUAGAACAAUCUGAUAUUUCCUUGAUUCAAUUUUACAUCGGUCCAUUAUUAGAACAUUUUGGUAAAUGUUUCCAAACCUAUCAACGUAAGAAUUUAACUAUCUUAUAUGAUUGUGUUCAAACCUUGGUUGAAAAAGCAGGGUAUGAAAAUUUAUCAUCAGAUCCUGAAUUAAUUAAUAAAUUAUUACCCCCAUUAUUAGAAAAAUGGCAUAGUUUAACUGAUGAAGAUAAUGAUUUAUGGCCAUUAUUAGAGUGUAUGGCAGCAGUAGCAGCCACCUUACGAGAAUUAUUUGCUCCUUAUGCGGUUCCAGUAUAUGAAAGAGCUAUUAAUAUUCUUUCAAAUUGUAUUCAAAUUGAAAUGCAAACUCAAACUGAUCCAUCUAUAGAUGUUCCGGAAAAGAAUUUUGUCGUUACAUCAUUAGAUUUAAUCGAUGGAUUAAUUCAAGGGUUUGGAAGUCAUUCCGUUGAUUUAAUUCAACAAAAUCGAGCAAAUUUAAUGGAAUUAUUAUUACUUUGUUUUGAAGAUAAAUAUACUGAUGUUAGACAAUCUGCAUAUGCAUUAUUAGGUGAUAUUGGAAUCUAUGCUGUUGAUAUUGCCAAACCUCAUUUAUCAUCCAUAUUCAUAAGUAUUGGUAAUGAAGUUAAUAAUAGAUCAUAUAGUACCAUUGCUGUCUAUCAUAAUGCUAUAUGGGCAUUAGGUGAAUUUGUAUUAAGAUUGAAUUAUAAUGAAAUGAAAGAUUAUUUACCUAAUUUAGUUGAUUUAAUUAUUCCAGUUUUACUAGGAUCUGAUAUGCAACAAGCUGUAUUAGAAACUGCUGCUGUUUGUCUUGGUAGAAUGGGUAUAAAUGGAGGAGCACAAGUUCUUGCACCAAGAUUAUCAGAAUUCAUUGCUGAAUGGUGUUCUCAUAUGAUUUAUUUUUCAGAAAAUGAAGAAAAAUCAACUAGUUUCCAAGGUAUGUUAAAUAUUAUCAAUGCUAAUCCAGAUCAAGGGUUUGGAGGAUUAUCAACUAAACAAGGUAAAAAGAAUUUAUCAUUAUUUAUAACUUGUAUUGGGAAUUAUAUGGAGCCACCUGAAGAAUUACAAAAUACAUUUCAUCAAUUCUUAGCUAGUUAUAAAUCAUUAAUUGGAGCUGAAAUAUGGCAAUCACAAGUUUUAUCAUCGAUUGAUCAAGAAACUUUACAACAAUUGUCUCAUUAUGGAAUAUAG